GUGACUACCAACGACAAAUACAUUCUAGCGGGCUGUCCAUGGCUUGGGGGAAGUUUCAACUAAUAAAGCAUAGCAGGAGACGAGGCAAAGCAACUCAUUCAACCCCGCAUCAAGGAAGCCCACGGCAGGUUGCCCUCAGAAACAACGACGAUCGACAGACAUGGCAGAUGAACAGAAGGAUUGGUACGCCGUUUUGGGCAUUGAGCGGACGGCGACAAGCAAGGAGAUCACAAAGGCAUAUAGGUUGAAAGCAUUGAAAUACCAUCCCGACAAGAAUCCUGAUCCCAGCGCAGCAAAGAUCUUCCAUGACUUAUCACAGGCAUACGAUCUUCUUCUCGAUCCUGCAGCCCGAGCUGCUUUCGACAACUUGCUGAAUGUCAAGGUCCAGGCAAAGCAGCGAACGGACAAGUAUGAUUCAGCACGCAGGAAAAUGAAGGAGGACCUUGAGAACCGAGAAAAUGCGUUCAGGAAACAGCAGGAGGAAGAAAAGGUGGCAGCAAUGAGGAUGCAUUACGAGAUGGAGCGGUUAAAGCAGGAAAACAGUAAAAAGCGGGCUGAAAGAGAAGCGGAAUUACUUCGGCAGGCGGAUCAAUUGUCAGAGGUAGCAGCAGUUGCAAGGCAGGCAGCACUAGAUGAAGAGACGAAAUCACUAGAUACCACCUUGCGGCUCAAAUGGAAGAAGAAGAAGUACACCUUCCAUAGCAAGCAGUUGACGGAGAUCUUCAACAAAUACGGUGCGAUUGAUUCGUGUCUCUCAAAGAAGCAAGGGUCGGCGUUAGUCUCAUUCAAGACUCUAACGGGCGCGUAUACGACGAUGAGAGCAUCUGAGAGGCAGGAUAACGAACUCGAGGCAUUCGCGAUCACUUGGGCUGCCGGCGUAGAACCGGCAACGGUGGCAAGUCUGCGUUCAAAGGACUCCUCAGGAUCAAAUUCGUCAGCGUCGACACCGAGUUCAACAUCAGCAUCGAAUCCCUUGUCGACAACGAAAAAGCAACCGGCGACCCCGACACCAGCAUUUAACGUCGGUACAAGCACGUUAUAUACACCAGCAUUUUCUACACCAGCAUUUUCUACACCCGCAUUUUCAGCAACCGGAACUAGUUUUGGCGGUUUCUCUGCACAGGUAUGGUCACCAAACAUGGCUCCCUGAGGGUCAGAACGGAUAUGUCAUAACAGACUGAUAAAAUGGUAUUGACUAUGUCCUUUUAUUGUAUUGUUGUAUUUAGGUGCCUAGCUUUGGCGCACCUCCGGAGUUCAAAGUCGCGGCAUCAUUCGUGGAUGACUACGAGGCUGCCACGCUUACCAAGAUGAAGAGCAGGGACAGCGAGCGGAAACGGUUGGCAGAGGAAAUGUUGAGACUGGAUAAGGAAGAGGAAGAGCGUCUCCAGGCUGAAGCGAAGGAUAAGAAGCAAAAAGUAUAGACCGAUGCAUGACCUGGCCUUAGCAAACACAAAUCAUUGCUAAUAAUAAGAGCCAUUUGCCCUACACCACAAGACCAAAAUAAGAUGAGCGCUGAGCAAGGGCUGUGGUGGCAGUGAGAAAAGGACCAUAACUUUAAUAACCUAUGGUGGUCCCCAUCGCUCC